AUGAACAUCCAGAUGUCAGAGACCUGUGUUAAUCCACACAGCUGUAAUGCAGACAGUGGUCUGUGGCUCAAUGGUCCUCACCCUCAGAUAGAAGAUGGGGUGGUGACCCGGGAGGUCUGUGGGGGGAAUUUUGGGGGUGGCUGCUGUGAUUUCAAGUCAAAACCCAUCAGAGUAAAAGCCUGUCCUGGAAAUUAUUAUGUCUAUGAACUCGUGAAUCCACAAUACUGGUGUUUAGGAUACUGCACAGAUGUCAGCACUAUAUCACAGACUGAUUCCAUAACAACCACAACUCUGACUACUGGAUCCAGCAUCACUGUCAAUGACCCAUGCUCAGACUACAACAUACAGGACGACUACUGGAGGAGCACACUCAAUUACAUGUAUUGGUAUGGAUAUAUAACUGGACAUGAUGACACGCGUGUGAAAUGGGACGGCUGGUAUCGACUCUUCAUCAAUGGAUCGAGUGCUCAGAUGCCCGACUGGUGUGUUAGUUACAUAUCAUGUGGAGGUUUCAGUUCUCUGUGGCUUGGUGGAUCUCAUCCUGGAGUAGAAGAUGGAGUUGUUACUCGUGAAGUCUACGGCUCUCAUUAUGACCAGUGCAGUCAAUACACAUCCAACCCAAUCCAAGUCAAAGCUUGUCCUGGACAUUAUUAUGUCUACAAACUGACCAGACCAAAUGUAGCCAUCCCACUCCCUUCAUAUUGUGCAGUUCCUUUCGUCACUCCAAGUGUGGACCCCUGUGACAGCUACACCAGUCUGGAUGAACCCUGGAGAUCCACUGAUAAUUCUUACUAUAACGAUUACUACUACAACAACUACUACGACAUGUGUGAUUAUAAUGUUGAGUGGAAUGGCUGGUACAGACUCUUCAUCAAUGGUCAGAGCACUCAGAUGUCAGAAUCAUGUGUUAGUGAAGGGAUGUGUGGCACUUACAACCCACUGUAUCUCAGAGAUCCUCAUCCACAGCUGGAAGAUGGAGUGGUCACACGACACGUCUGUAUGUCUGGAUGGAACGGCUGCUGUGGUUAUGAAUCUCAUCCCAUACAAGUCAAAGCCUGUCCAGGAGAUUAUUAUGUCUAUGAGUUUGUCAGACCGAUGGAGUGUGCUGCUUAAUUCACAGGCUUCACCACAUUGACUCCAACAACACAGAGAACAGACACUCUGACCACUCCGCUCAUCACAACCACUGUACCUACAGCUGUCAGCUCUGACCCGUGCUCUGAUUAUAACACUAUUGAUGACCAUUGGAGAGACAUACGGCAGAACCCAUACCAGUACACUGAACAUGACGACAGUAUUGUUGAGUGGAACGGCUGGUAUCGGCUGUAUCUGAAUGGAGAAAGUGCUCAGAUGUCUGAGUGGUGUGUGAGUUAUAUGGGAUGUGGAGGUUAUACUGGACUGUAUCUCAACGGUUCUCAUCCAGGACUUGAGGAUGGAGUGGUGACCCGUGAUGUUGUGGGAAGUCACAUAUGGUACUACGACCAGUGUGGCAGCUACAGAUCAAACCCUGUCCAGGUGAAAGCCUGUCCAGGAGAUUAUUAUGUCUAUGAACUCAUCACACCAGAUGUGUCACUGGAAGGACCUUCAUACUGUGCAGUUUCUUUCAGCAGCACCAGUUAUGAUCCCUGUUACAACUACGAGUCUCUGGAUCGUCCCUGGAGAGCAACGACUGAAAGUGGAUUGUGGAUUUGUGAUGAAUCCUUCUCCUGGAGUGGCUGGUACAGACUUUAUCAUUAUGGGAUGAACAUCCAGAUGCCAGAGACCUGUGUUAAUCCACACAGUUGUAAUGCAGACAGUGGUCUGUGGCUCAACGGUCCUCACCCUCAGAUAGAAGAUGGGGUGGUGACCCGGGAGGUCUGUGGGGGGAAUUAUUGGGGUGGUGGCUGCUGUGAUUACAAGUCAAAACCCAUCAGAGUAAAAGCCUGUCCUGGAAAUUAUUUUGUCUAUGAACUCGUGAAUCCACAAUACUGGUGUUUAGGAUACUGCACAGAUGUCAGCACUAUAUCACAGACUGAUCCCACAACAACUCCAGCUGUGUUUACUGGACCCAACGCCACCUUCUAUGACCCAUGCUCAAACUACAACAUACAGGACGACUACUGGAGGAGCACACUCAAUUACAUGUAUUCGUAUGGAUAUAUAACUGGACAUGAUGACACGCGUGUGAAAUGGGCCGGCUGGUAUCGACUCUUCAUCAAUGGAUCGAGUGCUCAGAUGCCCGACUGGUGUGUUUAUUACAUGUCAUGUGGAGGUUUCAGUUCUCUGUGGCUUAAUGGAUCUCAUCCUGGAGUAGAAGAUGGAGUUGUUACUCGUGAAGUCUACGGCUCUCAUUAUGACCAGUGCAGUCAUUACACAUCCAACCCAAUCCAAGUCAAAGCUUGUCCUGGACAUUAUUAUGUCUACAAACUGACCAGACCAAAUGUAGCCAUCCCAGCGCCAUCAUAUUGUGCAGUCCCGUUUGGCACUCCAAGUGUGGACCCCUGUGACAGCUACACCAGUCUGGAUGAGUCUUGGAGAUCCACUGAUAAUCAUUACUAUAACUAUUACUACUACAACAACUACUACAGCAUGUGUGAUUAUAAUGUUGAGUGGAAUGGCUGGUACAGACUCUUCAUCAAUGGUCACACCUCCCAGAUGCCAGAAUCAUGUGUUAGUCAAGGGAUGUGUGGCACUUACAGCCCACUGUAUCUCAGAGAUCCUCAUCCACAGCUGGAAGAUGGAGUGGUCACACGACACGUCUGUAUGUCUGGAUGGAACAGCUGCUGUGGUUAUGAAUCUCAUCCCAUACAAGUCAAAGCCUGUCCAGGAGAUUAUUAUGUUUAUGAGUUUGUCAGACCACUGCAUUGUUCAUCUUACUGUGCAGCUGUGACUGAUCCAUGCCUUUCACUCAACUGUACUGAAGAUGAAUGGUGUGGAGAGAGACAUGGUGUUCACGGCUGUUUCUGCAAAGACAACCAAACCAGUCCUGAACCUCACUCCUUUGAUUUCUCUGAAACCUGUGAGAGCAGUUCAGGAUCUCUAUCUCUGUCUCGCUGUCAGCUGUUUGAAGCUGGUUUUUCAGCUCAUGUUCUACAUCUCAAUGACCCNUAG